GCAUGAAGGCAGGCGAGGACGCCAGAGGAGCGCGCAGCGAGAAGCCGAAGAAGUUAGGUCUCUGCGUCCUCUGCGGACUGCCCGCAGCAGGAAAGUCGACCUUCGCGCGUGCCCUCAGCCACCGUCUACGGCAGGAGAGUAGCUGGGCCGUGGGCGUCGUCGCCUAUGAUGACGUCAUGCCAGACGCGUUCCUAGAGGAGCCAUCCCAGUGGAAAUCGCUUCGCCAGGAACUGUUGCAGUACCUUGAAUACUUCUUUCUGGCCGUCAUUAACGGGUGUCAGAUGUCUGCCCCACCCAGGAGGACUGAAGCCAUGUGGGAGGAUUUUCUAACCUGUUUGAAGGAUCAAGAUCUGAUAUCUCCUUCAGCACUUGAGGCCCAGUCUCACUAUCUCUUAACGAAGACUGCUGUUUCUAGACCUCUGCUUUUGAUUUUAGAUGACAACUUUUAUUAUCAAAAUUCAUUAGGCUUUUGCCAGCUCUUUUUAGAGUGUUCUCUCGAGACCUGUCUACAGAGGAAUGGCCAGAGACCACUUCCAGUGCCUGCCGAGACCAUCCACCUGAUGGGAAGCAAGAUAGAAAAGCCCAACCCUGAGAAAAAUGCUUGGGAACACAACAGCCUCACAAUUCAGAGCCCAGCGUGUGCUUCAGAGGCCAGACUGAAAUUGACUGAUUUACUGCUUACUGCUUUGGAAAAUCCAGUAAAAUACGUGGAGGAGGAUGUGGAACAAAAGGAAACAGACAGAAUUAUUUGUUCAACUAACAUUCUUCAUCAAGCUGAUCAGACUCUCCGAAGAAUUGUCUCUCAGACAAUGAAGGAAGCAAAAGGUGAACAGGUGUUUCCGUACAACUUGAAACUUCUAGCCGAAGAACUUAACAAGCUCAAAGCAGAGUUUUUGGAAGACCUAAGACAAGGAAACAAAAAAUACCUGUGCUUUCAACGAACCAUGGACUUAUCAGAUGUUAUUUCUUUUUUUCAUUAUGAGAAAGAUAACAUUGUACGGAAGUAUUUUUCAAAGCAGCAUUAAAACUUGAUUUCCAAUCAAAGCCAUUUUGGUUACGAUUUUGCAAACUAAUUUAAACAAUUCUGUAUU